UCAGCAGGGCCGGGCCUAACGCGCAGAAACACACACACACACACACACACACACUGAGCCCGAGCUCACUCGGCUUUAAAGCAUCUUCAAAAAAAAAAAAACCUCGAGGGAAAAAAAAGAUGCAACAAUGAAACUUUAAGGAGAGAGAGAUCAAAGGGUCGCGCGCGCGCACAAUGGAGAGGUGAGGAUGGAGGGAUCGGGAGGGAGAGAGGACACGGGGCAAGGCAUGAUCACUUAACACACACACACACACACACACACUCAGAGAGAAGAAAAAGUUGGUGGAGCCAUGGCGCGGGAGAACGCGGAGCCCGGAGCGCGCGUGAAAAAGCGCAAGAAGCGGAAAAGUAAGAAGGAGAGUAAGACGCGCACGGUGCACGCGAACGUGCUGUACGAGCUGCACGCGAAGGCGGAGGAGAACCCGAACCGUGUGUACGCCGACAACAAGAUCAAGACCACCAAGUACACCGUGCUCUCCUUCAUCCCCAAGAACCUCUUCGAGCAGUUCCACCGCUUCGCCAACGUCUACUUCGUCUUCAUCGCGCUGCUCAACUUCGUGCCCGUCGUCAACGCCUUCCAGCCCGUGCUCGCGCUCGCGCCCGUCGUCUUCAUCCUGUCCGUCACCGCCAUCAAGGACCUGUGGGAGGACUACCGGCGGCACCGGGCCGACCAGGAGAUCAACCACAUGGACUGUCUGGUCUACUGCAGAACCGAGCGACGCUAUGUGGAACGGUACUGGAAGGAGGUGCGUGUGGGAGAUUUCGUGCGGCUGCGCUGUAACGAGAUCGUCCCGGCCGACGUGCUGCUGCUGAGCUCCAGCGACCCGGACCGGCUGUGUCACAUCGAGACGGCCACGCUGGACGGAGAGACCAACCUGAAGCAGAGACAGGUGGUGCGCAGCUUCAUCGACCUGGACACCGAGUUCGACCCCAUGAAGUACACCAGCGUUAUCGAGUGCGAGAAGCCGAACAACGACCUGAACCGUUUCCGCGGCUACAUAACCCAUCGUAACGGGAGAAGAGAUGGUCUCUAUAAAGACAACCUGUUGCUCAGAGGCUGCACAAUUCGCAACACGGAGGAAGCCGUGGGCAUCGUCAUCUACGCAGGUCAUGAAACCAAAGCUAUGUUGAACAACAACGGGCCGCGCUACAAGCGCAGUAAGCUAGAGCGUCGCAUGAACGUAGACGUCUUCUGGUGUGUCAUCAUCCUGCUGGUCAUGUGUCUGUUCUCCGCCAUCGGUCAUGGCCUGUGGAUGUAUCAGUACGGAGAUAAGCGGCCGGUGUUCGAUGUUCUCAGUCCUGAGGGGACAGAUCUGUCUCCACUGCUCUCAGCUGUCUAUCUCUUCCUCACCAUGAUCAUCGUGCUCCAGGUGCUGAUCCCCAUCUCGCUCUUCGUCUCCAUCGAGAUCGUGAAGAUCUGCCAGGUCUACUUCAUCCACCAGGACAUGGACCUGUACGACGAGGAGACGGACUCUCACCUGCAGUGCCGCGCUCUCAACAUCACGGAGGACCUCGGCCAGAUGCAGUACAUCUUCUCCGAUAAGACGGGGACGCUCACUGAGAACAAGAUGGUGUUCCGCCGCUGCACCGUGGCCGGGGUCGAGUACUCGCACGACGCUAACGCACGGAGGCUGGCGAUGAUGUACCAGGACGUGGACUCUGAAGAGGAGGAGUGUGUGUCUCACGGAGGGACUUUACCGAGGAGAGAGAGUGUGUGUAGUCAGCAGAGCGGCCGAGUCGUCCUGCGCUCACAGAGCACCAAAUCCCACCGUCGCACCGGGAGCCGAGCCGAGGCCAAGCGCGCCAGCAUCCUGUCCAAACACACCGCCUUCAGCAGUCCCAUGGAAAAAGACAUCACUCCGGACCCCCAGCUGAUGAAUAAGGUGAACGAGUGCGGCAGUCAGAUGGAGUUCAUGCGCUUCCACAGCCAGCCCCUGAGUCAGAUCCCCCCGGACCUGUGUGACGUCUUCGACUUCUUCAUCGCUCUCACCAUCUGCAACACGGUGGUCGUGUCGUCACCCAAUCAGCCGCGCCAGAAGGUGCGGCGUUUCGAGCUGAAGUCCCCGGUGAAGACCAUCGAGGACUUUAUUAAGCGCUUCACGCCGAGUCGCUUGACAUCAGGCUCCAACAACAGCAGCUCGUCCAGCCUGGCCACCAACCGCUCCUCGUCUCAGCGCGCCACCCCCAGUGCGUUGUCCUCUCCGUCAGCCGAGAGCGCGCUCGCCAAGCUGGAGGAGGAGCGUCUGCAGCAGGCCUUCAGCGCCGUCCCGCUGGGACACGACCCGGCCAAGGCGUCCGCUCAGGACGAAGGGGAGCUCCGUUACGAAGCCGAGUCCCCUGACGAAGCGGCUCUGGUGUACGCCGCCCGCGCCUACAACUGCGCUCUGGCGGGCCGUCUGGCGGAUCAGGUGACCGUGGAGUUGCCGCAUGUGGGAAAGCUGAGCUUCGAGCUGCUGCACACUCUGGGCUUCGACUCCACGCGGAAGCGCAUGUCCGUGGUGGUGCGGCAUCCGCUCACCGAGCAGAUCGCCGUUUAUACCAAAGGAGCCGACUCAGUCAUCAUGGACCUCAUCAGACCGCCUGCCACAGAAGACUCCAAAGGCAAACGGCAGCGCAAAAUUCUUUACAAAACCCAGCACUACUUGAACCUGUACGCCGCCGACGGCCUCCGCACUCUGUGCAUCGCCAAAAAGGUCCUCAGUAAAGAAGAAUACGCCUCCUGGUUGCGGCGCCACCUGGAGGCUGAGACGGCCAUUCAGGGACGAGAAGAGCUGCUGUUUGAAUCCGCACUACGACUGGAGACCGAUCUUCACCUGCUAGGGGCGACGGGGAUCGAGGACCGGCUGCAGGACGGCGUGCCCGAGACUAUCGCUGCUCUGAGGAAGGCGGGGCUGCAGAUCUGGGUUCUGACGGGGGACAAGCAGGAGACGGCCAUCAAUAUCGCCUACGCCUGCAAGCUGCUCGACCCCGAGGAGGAGAUCAUCAUGCUGAACGCAGACUCUCAGGAGGCCUGUGCUGUUCUACUCGAAGAAAGUCUGCACUACAUCCAGGCUAAGUUCCUAUGCAGUUCCACACUGGACCCCCACGCCACCCGGCUUGUCCAGCAGGACUACACCAGCGUGCACUUCCUGUCUUCAGACUCUGGUCCCGCCCCCUCAGGCCCGUUACUCGUGCACCGGCUGGGUUUGGUGAUUGACGGCCGCACUCUGGCCUACGCCCUGGACAAGAGUCUGGAGGAUAAGUUCCUAGCCGUGGCUCGGAGCUGCAGGUCGGUGCUAUGCUGUCGCUCCACGCCGUUGCAGAAGAGCAUGGUGGUCAAACUGGUGCGCAACAAGCUCAAGGUCAUGACCUUGGCCAUAGGUGAUGGGGCUAAUGAUGUCAGUAUGAUCCAGGUGGCAGAUGUUGGUGUGGGCAUCUCAGGGCAGGAGGGCAUGCAGGCGGUGAUGGCCAGCGAUUUUGCUCUUCCUCGCUUUCAGUACCUGCAGAAGCUCCUCCUGGUUCAUGGACACUGGUGCUACUCCCGCCUGGCCAACAUGAUCCUCUACUUCUUCUACAAAAACGCUAUGUUUGUGGCGCUCAUCUUCUGGUAUCAGUUCUACUGCGGGUUUUCCGGCUCGGCCAUGGUCGAUCAGUGGUACCUGAUCUUCUUCAACCUGAUGUUCUCGGCGUUCCCGCAGCUGAUCACCGGCACGCUGGACAAAGACGUGUCCGCCGAGACCCUGCAGGAACUACCUCAGCUUUAUAUGAACGGACAGAACUCAGAGGAAUAUAAGCCGUACAUGUUCUGGAUGAAUAUGAUCGAUGCCUUCUACCAAAGUCUCAUCUGUUUUUUCAUCCCUUACUUUGCGUACUCCGACUCGGAUGUGGAUCUGUUCACCUGGGGCACGCCCAUCACCACGCUCGCCCUAUUCACCAUCCUGCUGCAGCUCGGCAUCGAAACCAAGACCUGGACGUGGAUGAACUGGGUGUCGAUAGCGUUCAGCGCGCUGCUCUUCUUCACCGUGGCUCUGUGCUACAACGCCUCCUGCCCCACCUGCUCCUCCCCCUCCAACCCCUACUGGACCAUGCAGAGACUUCUGGGAGAUCCUCUCUUCUACCUGCUGUGUGUCGUCACACCCAUCACUGCUCUUCUGCCCAGAUAUUUCUACCGGGCGUGUCAGGGCUCCCUGUUCCCCAGCCCGGUGCAGGUGGGCCGUCAGAUGGACAGAUUCCCCCCGGAGCUGCGCAGACGUCUGCUGCACCAGAGCCAGGCCAAGCUCUUCCCGUUCUGCAGACCUUUCCUCAAACCCACCACGCUCACACACCCGCACCCCGCCCACGCCAAGCACAAGCCCAAGCCCGCCGACCCCGGACUGACCAGGAGCAUGGAGAUGAAGGACACGUCUCGGAGCUCCAGGAACCCGGAGACCCACGUGGCGCAGAACUCCGAGAGCUCUCCACACGGGCGGAGCGAGAGCAGCACACUACCGUACCCCAAAGAUUCGCACCCUCACCCCGAGCCCGGCGUGCUCACCUCUACGCCGCUGCUCCCUCACACAGACGGCGUGCAGCUCACGGCGCCACCUAGCGGCGGUCCUCCGGGCGUCACGUAUAAAAAGUGUCCGGAGGUCUCGGAGAACCUGACGCCCCGGCGCCCUCGCGAACGUUCAGAGCCGCCUUCGGGCUCGUGAUGUCCCGAGGUCCACAUUUUGCACGUUUUUGGAAAUGUUUUUAAUUCUAUUUUUCAGAAUUAUUUUAUGAAGCUAUAGAUGGGUACUGUUCUAUACAUUAUAUAUUUUAGAUGUGUACAGUUUUUCAGAAUAAAGUGUUGUUUUUUUGGAGAUUAGAGACGAAUAUAUAUCUAAACUGGAUGAUCUUAACCGUAUGGUUUUACAAGGAAAAGAGAAACUAAACAUUCCCAGCACAUUUCCUUCAGAGACGUCAGUUUCUUUUAAGCGCAUAGCUGGUCUGGACCUGGAGCUUUAACACACACACACACACACACACACACACACACACACACACACACACGAUAGGACAGUGUUAACUCUUUCACACAAAUUUGAUGGGGGCGGUGGUGGUGGGGGUUAACCUCACUUUUUUUCUUUCGGAUCAAAGAUUUAUACCAAAGACGCAUCUCAUGAAUAUCCAUAUUUAUGCUGCUUACUUUUUGUAUAUAAAAUAAAAAAAUAUUCCCCAGAUUUAUAGACACACUUUUGGGGAAAAGUUAAGCUGAUGAGGAUAUUUUAUGCCGUUUAUUUGUAACGCAACUUUCAUAGUUAAAUUAUUAAUAACCCGACCGGAGACGUGUUUCUUUUAUGCAACGUGCACAUUUAUUCGUCGUGUCAUGUCGUGUUAUCGUCGUGUUAUUGUUUUUCAGUGUUAAGUCGUCAUACUUGGAUACGUAAAGCACUAAGCGUGAUGCUUCAGGUCACUGGCUGUGGCACCGCCAGGUUUCACACUUGACAGGUUCCUCCUGAUUUAAUCCUGACUUAAUCCCCUGAUUUAAUCCCUGCAGCAGGAAAUAAUUUGACAAUUUUAAAUUAGGUGCUAAUAAGUUCUAAUGGCACCACCUACGAGUCCUGCAUUCAUAAUGCAUUAUAACCGUGUCAUAUAGCCUCCAUAAUAUAGCAUGAAUCUUAUAGGAACAAUGCGUGGCACCAUGAAUUGUUCGGUGCGUCGUACAGCGAUUGUAAUGCUUCAUAACAUCUGGGAAAAACCUGCUGUAAAGCUUGAGCUCUUAAAUAGGAUUAUGUUUUCCUUGUAAUAAUAAUAAGCAGUAUUUAUUUUGCACCACUCAAACUACAAACUAAAGCUACAUGGGUAGUCCUUUAUAAAGUGUUGUAUAGCCUUUAUAACACUUUAUAAUACAAAAUCCCUUUAAAUCUAUUCAAACUCAAAGAGUAUCAUGCGUAAUAACACAUUAUUAUAUCUGGAGAUUGUAUUAUAAUGCAUUAUGGUGGUAUAAAAAAGUAUUAUGGAUGUGACUAAAUUGGUCAUAUUUUAGAUAUUAUUAUUAUUAUUAUUAUUAUUUUAUAUGAUCUGUGCUUUAUCAUGCGUUGUUUUGCUUAAAGACGAUAUCAGAGUUUGUGUUGUUAUGCCUGAUAACAGAUGCUAUAAUGCGUCAUGUCACCUGACAUAAGAAAAGAACUUUCCAAAGCACCGAGCAUCUGUUGAUCAGAUUCAUAAGGGUUCAUAACGCAUCAUCCUGACGUUGUCAUAACGCCUUACAGCAUGAGCAGAUAUGGUGUUGUGUUACGUGGCAUUAUGAAGUUGUUUCUUUAGGAAUU